GCCAGCCCCCGGCCGAGCGCGCGGAGGACGGCGGGGGGCGCUGAGCGACCGGAGCCGCGCGCGGCGAGCCCUUGGGCCGGACACCGAGGGCAUGUUCCCGGCCGCGGGCCGAAGGCGGGAGCGCGGGACCGGCCGGCGCCGACUCUAAGAGUAAGCGGGCGGCCCCGAGGACCCGAUUGUCGCCGUCCUCAUUCCGAUCCGACACCCGGUUCCCACCCCCAGGAUGCGCCCUUCCGGCUCGGACCGUCACCCUGGCCCCGCACGUUCGGGAGGGAUAUGGGUCUGGCCGCUUCCCCGUCCUCUGCCCCUGGGCACGGGGUCGGGGUGCCCGGGGCCGCCGGGCGCUCGGUCCUGCUGCCCCUGUCCGCUCCCUUCUCCUCCAUCUAGCACCCCGUUCCCCUACCCCAGCGCAUACACAGAACCGCAGAGGCACCCCCAGGGGCGCCGCGGGGUAGGGGUCGCACUGGGCAGCCCGCUCCCUCCUGCUCCCCAAAGCGCGCCAGCAGUGUCCUGGCGAGGUUUCCCCCAAGGGGCCGAGGGGCGUCAGCACCCAGCCUGGUCCGUUCUUCCGAGCGGCCCACACCUGUCACUCGGACCUGCAGAGAGGGCAGGUCACUGCCCCACCUGCUCCUGAUUCUAUGCUGCCUGCCCCCCGCCCCCUCCCCGGUCUGGGCCACAGGUCUCCUGCCCCCACCAGGAAUCCACUGACUCCUUGAGAUCUGGGCGCCCGCAUCCUCCCAGGUCCUGGCCCCGGGCUCUUUUUGGCUUUUCUGUGCUGGCGGAUGAGGGUUGGUGGGGGAGCAGCACUCUGGCCCACAUCCAGGCCUGCCCUGCCCCAACGGAGUGGGGGAAGACACAGAAAUGAAGGUUUGUCAACAGCCUGUGGCCCCUGCUCCCGCCCUGGGGCCAUGACCUUCCACCACUUGCUCUGGUUUCACAAACACCCCUCCCCCAUACCCAUCAGAAGCUGCCAGGCCUCAACCCCACCCAUCCAGUUCCUGGGAGGCGCUGGGCUGACCAGCGCCCACCUCUUCCAGCCACUGGGCCAUCCACCCAUCCUGGGGCCCCUCCCCCGGCUGCAGGUUGCAGAGUUCCAGAGCGUCCUCAGGGGACACAGAAAAGGGCUGGGCUCUCAGCACCCAGGAGUGGUGCGGCUCUGCCUAGCAGGGGGCAGAACGUGUGUGAGCCCAGCCAGUGGCAGCAGGGGUGGGGGUGGGGGUGGGCAGGAGGAGUGAAUCCACAGGGGAGGGGGGCUGGGAAAGAAGGGAGGGGGUGGACUGGGGCUGGGGGAAAGCUGGCCCUCUGUCCCCUUGAGCCCCGGCCGCCCCUCUGGAGUCCCCCCAAUCCUGGGCUGUCAGUGCUGGGCGGGUGCUGUCCGGGGCUGGAGAGGGAACCCAGCCUCCAGGUCGGUGCAGGGAGCCGGCUGGGUCCCUCCGGGUCCAAGCAGGGUCCCCCCAGGUCCGUGCAGGGAGCAGGCUUGUCCCUGGCCCGUAGUACCCACCCCCAUGGCUGUUGUGCCAGGAGGGUACUAAGGUGGAAAGCGGUGGCUCUGAGGCCGUGGUCAGUGGGAAGCUUGGAGCAGCACCUGCUCCUCCGGGUCCCAGCCUUUCCAUCACUCCACAAAUAUUUAUCCCUGGGCUGGCUGCCGCCACCGCCGCCUGUGGGGUUGCAGUGUCCCCCUUGGUAGGGAGGGGGCCUGGACGUGAUAAUAUGUCCUUCCCUUCGAGCGGCAAAGCCCUCCUGGCUUGGCGAAGGGGAGGCAGGGAAGUGGGGAAACAGGCUCUGAGAAGUUCAAGUAUUUGCCCAGGACCAGAGCUGGGUCCCGUGAUGUCACCCUCUUCUGUGGGGCCAGCCUCACAGCUGGGUGCCCGGGCAGAGCCCCCAGAGCCUCGGUCCUGCGCAGUGAAAGUCUCUCCACCCCCACGCUCUACCCGCCCCCAUCCGGAGAAGUGGCUAGAAUUCUCCUUGCCCAAACUCCCCUGAAAGGCAUGGGGCCCUUGCCCACUUCUGCCUCUUCUCGUGUUUCUGUCAGAGAUUUGGGAGGAGGGGGGGGUCACCCUCCCCCUCUGGCGUUGGGGGCAGGUGCUGAUGUCCUGACCCCUAGGGGCCCGGGGGCAAGGGGGCCUUGAGCCGGCUACCAGCCUGUGCCCUGUAGGCGCUGAGGCUUCCCAGGACACCUGCCAGAUCAGAGGUGGGGUAAGGGCCGUGGAGACCCACCCCCCUCCGCCCUGGCUGCCACGGGAGAGAGGCGGUGAGGGCCCCAGGGCAGCCCCCUCCCCUCCCCCGGCCCUGCCCUCUGUGGCCCCCAGCCGAAGGGAUCCCCAGCUGGAGGGCAGACUGCCCUGGCUGUGACCCGCCCGCACUGCGCACGGGGUUCCCCUGGCAGCCCUAGGAGGUGGACAAGGUGAACCCCUACUUUGCAGGCGGGAAAGCCGAGGCCCAGCCAGGCUUGCCCUGGCCUCCACGCCUCAGCUGGGCUCUGAGGGUGACAUUUUCCUUGGAGCUCUUCACUGGGCUGUCCCUGAGGCUUCACCCUCCCCUCAGGGCCUCUGGGCAGGGGACAGCUUAUCGGGCAGUGUCCUUCCUCCCCAUAUCCCCCGUCUGCCUCUCCACUGUCCCCACCAUCCCAGCUGGCCCUUGUCACUCUCUGCCCCCCCCCCCGCGCGCCCCUGGAGCCUCUAGCCAUCGCCGCUGCCCCAUCCCCCUGAGCCUGCCCCCACCUCGCCUCCUCCAGCAACUGGGCUCGCUGCUCCAUGGCCCGGGUGGGCAGGGCAGACCGGGCCCCUCAGGCUGUCCUUUGUCCCCCAACUUCCUAAGGGCUGCUUCCCCUUAGGGUCUGCGUCUGGCCCUGGCAGCCAGCAGGGUAAUUCAGAGGAAUGCGCUGCAGCUGCCCGCCUGCUGUGGUCCAGGGGACCCAGGAAGCCUGGCCUGAGCCUUGAGAGGGGACAGGGGAACACCCAGACCCCCCAGUCCUGGGCAAAGGGGCAGGCAUGUAACAGGAACCACCCUAAGCCUAUGCUUGGCACCCCUGGUCCCUGGCAAGGUUGGGAGCUGGCCUGGGCCACCCUGAGAAGCAUGCCCCUGGGGACCAAGUUCUGGAUGGCACCCUGCCCCCGCCUGCCAAGCUGACUUUCCCAGGGCUAAGAAUAGGGGAGGGAGGAGGUGGGAGGCAGGAGACGGCUCCCCCCGGCAGCUUUGGGACCAGGUCGCCUCGCUAGCACAGAGGGGAGGGCCGCAGGCCAUCUGAGUAGGGGAGAUGGCUCAGCCCCCAGGACCCUGGCCGGGACCCCCAACCUGCCAUCAGUCGGCUGACUCCUUCUGGUGUCCCCUCCCUCCGAGCGCGCGCUUUGUCAGUAGGAUUCAGAGGCUCAGCGGGGUGAUUUGCGGGGAGCAGGUCACCCCGCUGUCACAAGGUGGACCCGUGGGCCUCUUCGCUCCUGGGGGUCCCUGCCAAACUCUACCGCCCUGAUACUCGGCAGCCCGAGGCGUGUGUGCGCCACGAGGACCUCUCUGCCCAGCACUCAACCCCAGCCAGAUGUGGGGGGCAGCUGCCCGGAGGCAUGCCCCCCGCCCGGCUGCGCCACCCCCACCUCCUCCUGCUGCUGCUGCUGGCCUGCCAGCCACAGGCCCCCGCCGCGCAGGCGAUGGACUUCCUCUUCCAGAAGUGGAAGCUCUACGGCGACCAGUGUCUCCGCAACCUGAGCCUGCUGCCCCCGCCCACCGGUGAGCCCUGCCUGCCCUGGGCGCCCCCCACCCACCCCCCAUUCACAGGUGAGGAACCAGAGCCACAGAGAGGCUAGUGACCAGCCCGGGGACGCAGGCCAGGAUGUUCCAAAAACGGUAGACCUGCCCCAGCGCCGCAGUGCUUCGUGAUGCUCCCCUUCGUGCGCGUGGAUCGGGCCCCGCGGGGCGCCGGCUCCAGCAGGGUGGGCAGAGGGCACGGGGCCUGGCGAGGGGGACAGGGGGCCCUUCUCCAGCGAGGCUCAGACCCAUGGAGUGCAGUGUUCCCCGCAAGCUCUGAAGAUCCCGCUGGGGCAGGGGGAGCGGCCCGGAAGCAGAGCCGUUGUCUGGGCGAGGGAGGGGGGCUGAGGCUGGGCCCAGGAGGGAGCCAACAGUAUUGGGGUUCAGCCUCCAGAGACACAAGUGCUGCUAGAAGGGCCCUUGGAAGAGGGGAGGCCUGGGGGAGACCCCAUAGGGGCGUCCGAGGUGGCUGGGCGGAGCUGGAGCGCAGGACCAGGCAGGACAGGGGUGUCCGGGGAAGAUGAGAUGGGCAGCCGUGCCGGGAGGCAGGGGGCGAGCGGGCGGCGGGAGGCCGUGCUGGCCGGGCCUGCUGAGGAGCAGCCCCCCCCCCCACCCCGUGCAGAGCUGGUCUGUAAUAGAACCUUCGACAAGUACUCCUGCUGGCCCGACACCCCUCCCAACACCACGGCCAACAUCUCCUGCCCCUGGUACCUGCCCUGGUACCACAAAGGUAGCCACGGCGGGGUGUGGGGGUCAGACAGACGGGGGCGCCCAGCCCGGGAGCAGGGUGCUGACCGGAGCCUGCUCCCCGCCCCGUCCCGCCCAGUGCAGCACCGGCUCGUCUUCAAACGGUGUGGGCCCGAUGGGCAGUGGGUGCGUGGGCCGCGGGGGCAGCCGUGGCGCAACGCCUCCCAGUGCCAGGUGGACGACGAGGAGCUUGGGGUCCAGAGGGAGGUGGCUGAGAUGUACAGCAGCUUCCAGGCGAUGUACACGGCCGGCUACUCCCUGUCCCUCGCAGCCCUGCUCCUGGCCCUGGCCAUCCUGCUGGGCCUCAGCAAGCUGCACUGCACCCGAAACUACAUCCACGCGAACCUGCUUGCGUCCUUCGUGCUCAGGGCCAGCUCCGUGCUGGCCCUCGACGCGCUCCUCAAGACCCGCUACAGCCAGCGGCUUGGGGACGACCUCAGCGUGAGCAUCUGGCUGAGUGACGAGGCGGUGGCCGGCUGCCGGGUGGCCGCGGUGUUCAUGCAGUACGGCGUCGUGGCCAACUACUGCUGGCUGCUGGUGGAGGGCGUGUACCUGCACAGCCUGCUGCGCCAGGCCACCAUCCCCGAGAGGAGCUGCUUCCCCCUCUACUUGGCCAUCGGCUGGGGUGCCCCCAUGCUAUUCGUCAUCCCCUGGGCAGUGGUCAAGUGUCUGUUUGAGAACAUCCAGUGCUGGACCAGCAAUGACAACAUGGGCUUCUGGUGGAUCCUGCGCUUCCCCGUCUUCCUGGCCAUCCUGGUGAGGGGACCAGCCACGCGCUGGCAGCGCAGGGAGGGCUCAGAGGCUGCUGCAGUUGGCCGCCCAGCCCCUUCCUUCCUCGCUGGCCUGCAGCAGCCUGAGGAGACAGACAGCACCCUGCCUGAGUGGAGAGGGAGGGAGGCCUGGCACUCCGCCAGGACACUGGCCGGCACCCAUCCCUGGCUGGGCACCCGCAGCCCCAGGGCCCCGGGAGCCAGGGCGGGGCUGGCGGCAGACCCACCUCGCAGAGGGACAGGCUGGGGCCGGGCUCUUCUGUGUCCCCACGUGCAGAUCAACUUCUCCAUCUUCAUCCGCGUCCUCCACGUGCUGGUGGCCAAGCUGCGAGCCCAUCAGAUGCGCUGCACUGACUACAAAUUCCGGCUGGCCAGGUCCACGCUGACGCUCAUCCCGCUGCUGGGGGUCCACGAGGUGGUGUUUGCCUUCGUGACGGACGAGCACGCCCAGGGCGCCCUGCGCUCCGCCAAGCUCUUCUUUGACCUCUUCCUCAGCUCCUUCCAGGGCCUGCUGGUGGCGGUUCUCUACUGUUUCCUCAACAAGGAGGUGCAGGCAGAGCUGCUGCGGCGCUGGCACCGCUGGCGCGAGGGCAAAGCGUUGCAGAAGGCGCACCGCGUUGGCAGCCACUCGGCCCGGCCCCCCAGCGGUCCCCCCAGCGAGAAGCUGCUGCUCUCGACGGGUGGCAGCAGCAAUGGCACCAGCCAGGAGCCCUCUGCAGAGACCCACUUGGCCAGCGGCCUCCCUGGAGUGGCCGAGAACCCCUUCUGAAGCCGCUGCAACUCCAGCCGGGGCUGGACUCUGGUGCCCAAAGAGCAUGUUGCCAAACAAUCCCAAACUGGUGCCCAACAGAGGCUGGAGGCAUGGGAGCCAGACAGUGCCCCACUACCCAUGUGUCCCUGGUGUGGUGGUCUGAGAGCACCUGCUCUGUGCCCAGCGGUGGGGACAGGAAGCUGUCCCGUGAACGCGCGCCUGAGUUAGGGGAAACUUGAGUCGGACAAUAAAGAGCUCUGUGCACACGCGGGGCGGAGAGCUGGGCGGAGGGCUGGGGCCCUGGACGGGCCGCACCGUGGGCUCCGUCUGGGGCCUCUCCGUCCAGGCCGCCCCAUUGUACAGGCGUGUUGGAGCUGGAA